AUGGCGCGUGCAGUCAAUUCAAUUGUUCUUCCCUAUCGCUAUCCUAUGCACCGCCACCUACCCACCAAUCGGUCUGCUGUUGCUGCGGCGAUUCAGGAGAAACAGGUGCGCCGUCAAGCAGGCUGCUGGGCGACCGCCCACGCGUCACCCCUCUUCCCAGCACCGACAACCCACGCAUCAGCGACACUUCGCUCUGUGCGCCUUGAGGCAGCCGAUGUGAUGCUGCAGCAAGAGUACUUUUUUGCGCGUCAAACGCCGACAGACACUCUAGCUGCCGGAACAUUCUUUUCUGGGUAUGACAUUGUUCUCUCCAUAGCCAGUAAGAAAUUACAUGAAUUUCCUUUUUUUUUUCGCUUUUUGCCGUCGUGA